AUGAACCUCUGGAGCCUCACGUUCGAGCGCGUGGAGGAGAUCAAGAAGCAGCUGGAGGCCAAGAAGGAGGAGCUGCGUGUCUUGCAGGAGACCACGAUCGAGCAGAUCUGGGACGGGGACCUGCAGGCGUUGUCGGCUGCCUUGGACGAGGUGGACGCGCAGGAGCAGGAGAGGAGGCCGCCCAGGGCGCGGCGGCCGCCGCCUCUGGAGCCAAGCGGCGGCGGGGCGCGGCGGGCAGGGCCGCCGCCCCCGCGCCGCCCCCGCCGGCUCCCCGCGGCCGCCCCGCGGCCCCCCCGCCGGACGAGUCCUUCCUGCGCCGCCCGCUCGUGCCCGUGGACCCGCGGCAGCUGGCCCAGGGCGUCGAGAAGACGGCCUCCCCGGGCGCGGCGGCCGCCAAGGCAGCCGGGCUGCCCGGACCCGGCGCGGGACCUGCCCGAGGCCGCGGCGCCGGCGGGGGAGCCCGUCGGCGGCGCAGGCGGCGGGCUGCUGUCGCGGCUGCUGCAGAAGAAGGGGCCCAGCGGCGGCGCCGCCAGCGACGCCGGGCGCGCGCCCCCCGGCGCGCCGCAGGAGGACCUGCUCGCCGCCCUGGGCGGCGGGGCCGCGGCGGGAGGGCCGCGGCCCCACGGCUGCAGGGCCGCGGCCGGCGCCGCG